GCAAGUGCUGGAUCUUGGGAGGAGGCCUUGGCCUUCGUCGAAGGCCAGCGCCAGAAGGACCUCCUCCCCUCACAGAUCACCUACGGCGCACUGAUCGGGACCUGCAAAGCUUCGAGAAGCUGGCCUGCCGCAUUGGCAUUCCUCGAGGAUAUGCUGGCCCAGCCGUCUCUGACUCCCAGCGUCACGGCCUUCAACAUCGCCAUCUCUGUCUGCGAGAGCUGCGACCAGUGUGCUUUGGCCUUGGAGCUCCUGCGUCGGAUGCCAACCUUGGGUCUGCAACCCGACCUCGUGAGCUACAACACGGUUCUGGCGGCGUGCCAGAAUGUUGGGGAGUGGCACUUGGCACUGCAACUCUUCCAGGAGAUCGAGGCCUCUCCUCACCUGACGGCGGAUGUAUUCACCUACAGCUCCGUGAUCAGCGCUUGUGACGCAGGCGAGCAGUGGGAGUGGGCGGUGAAUUUGUUCCGCAGGAUGGAAGCCCAGGGCAUUGCGGCGAGCGACGUUAUCUUCAACAGUGUCGUGAGCGUGUGCAAGAAGUGUGGCCAGGAGGAGUGGGUGGACUACCUCCUCGCAGAGAUGGAUCGUCGAGGCCUCCAGAAGGGCUACAUCACGCUUAGUGCUUCAAUCGGCAGGCUCACCCAGGGCAAAUCCGCCAGAGCCGCGGAGGCUGAGAAGUCUCCAGAUGUCGAGGAGCAGGAGGUACCGGAGGAGAAGCCCACAUCGUCUGUCGACGAUGUGAAGGAGAAGCCCACAUCGUCUGUCGACGAUGUGAAGGUCUUCAUGAGCAAGCUGGAAGGGGCAUCCCACCUCUUCGCCGAAGCGCUUCGAGACGGCGCCUUCGCCCCCUGGGUGCGGGAAGGAAGGCUGCUGGAUCUGCACGGCAUGAGCACGGAGGUGGCCAAGGUGGCUGUCUAUAUCGCCUUGCGGGGCAUUCCGGAGCUACCUGAAGACGAUUUGGCCUUCACGUGGGGCCUGAAAAUCAUCGUCGGGAAGGGCCUUCACAGCGAAAACGGUGAGGUGGUGCUGGACCCCGCGGUCAGGGGUCUCCUAGAGCAGGUGUUCCGGCUGAACGUGACUUCCACCAAGAAAGGCUGUUAUCGCAUCGUUCCCGAGGAUUUGUGGAACAUUCGCUUACAG